AUGGAGACUAUUCAUAGAAACUUUCGUGAAGUGCUACGAGCAAUGAUGAAAUUUGCAAAAGAAGUUAUACGACCGACAUCCUCUGAGGCAACACAAAACACAUCAGAACGUCAAAGAAACCUCAGACAAAUAUUUUCGGGGGCAAUGGGUGCAUUAGAUGGAACUCUCGUACAUGCAGUCGUGCCUGUUGAUCAACAAGCUCGUUAUAGAGGUAGAGGAAGAGGUGAAUGUUAUCAAAAUAUUUUAGGUAUUUGUGACUUUAAUAUGCUUUUCACGUUUGUUUGGGCUGGAUGGGAGGGUAUAGCACAUGAUGCUAGAGUGUUGAGAGAAGUUGCUUUUAGUCCAACCUCUGACUUUCCAUUUCCUCCACGAGAUAAAUAUUAUCUCUGUGAUGCUGCUUAUGCCAAUACUCGUGGUUUUAUGACUCCAUAUCGCAAUACGAGAUGCAAUAUCCACGAUCAGUUAUUCAUGGACUACGAAAACGACCCCAUGUUUAUUGCCGAGGGACAAGAAGAAAUCGAGGGAGGCGAUGAAGAUGACAUGGAUGGAAUGCUUUUUGGGACUCAAAACAAUCAAUAUAUGGCUAAUUUACGUUACCAGAUUGCAAAUCAGUUAAUGUUAAAUCCGUCAAAUUAA